AUGUCAUUAACGAGUCGUAGAAGGGCCGAUUCGCAUGGAAUUGACUAUACGCAGAUUGAUUCACCAUCGAAACCUUCAAUUAUACAGACACCAUCAGGUCCUGUAAAUCCAGGUAACUUUAUAACCAUCACAUGUGAAAUACAAGGAGGUAAUCCUCUAGCAGUUAUAUCAUGGCAGUGUAAAGAUUCCACACCAAUUGCUCCUACAGAAAACCCGAUUACCAAUAUUUCUGUUUCCAGUGUACGUCUAAAAGUCAAGAUAGAUGAUAGUGGCGACGUGUGCAUGUGCGUUGGGUCCCAUCCCGCUUGGACUAAACAAAAGAUUUAUAAUAUAACUUUGUCAGUCAGGAAACCAGUAACAAAGGUCAUACUUACGCCAGCUAGUUUUAAUAACGUCAUCAGUGUUGAAGACGGAGAGAACAAAACAUUCACAUGUACUACAGAUCUGAGUGAUCUCACUGCCUUUAUACAGUGGUACUUUGAUGGACAGAAUAUAACUAAUCAAGCUAUACCACAACCGCCACUUAUGAGAAGUGGUAAGUUUAUAUCAUCUAGUAAACUUAUUUAUACGGGAAAAGAGGAAGAUAUCAACAAAACGAUUUACUGUGAAGCUGUUAGUAUUGAAGGAGAAUAUUCAGUCACAUCCAUAGUGCAGUCUAUCUGUAUACUCUUUGGACCAAAAAGUAUCAGUUUAAAUCCGGCUGGCUAUUUAUAUGUUGAAUUGGGAAUUCGUCACCUGGUGCUGUAUCUAGUGAUCGCUAUAUCAGUGUUUUCUACAUUUAUCUGGGAACAUGUUUAUAGAUUUGAUAUUUCUUUCUUAUUUUCAGAUGCACCAACGAUUCUUAGAUUGCAGGCUUUGAACAGCAACACUGUUGAUGAACACCAAUCCGUUACCUUUCAAUGUGAAGUUGACAGUUACCCGGCACCUGAUAUCACAUGGGUACAUUCUAUAACUGGCACUCUAUUGAAAAAAGUCAAAAAGGUAUUCAAAAGCAACUUUACAAUUCUGAAAACUGAGUGUCUACAAACUGGAACUUACCGUUGUCAGACUAGUAACGUUAUUGGUGAUAUGUUAAAAACUGUAUAUGCUGAGAUUGAUUUGUUUGUUCUGUGCAGUGCACGCAUGGACGAAAGACGUAUUGAAGAACCGGGUUUUUUUGCAAUUAUGGAAAACGAUGACUGGAAUAUUACAGUUUAUCUCAUAGCCUACCCUGAACCAAUGAUAAAUUGGACAAGGAGAAAUUCUGAAACAGGAAUAAUUUCAAUAAUGAACCUUUACAAUUCGUUUACUAGUAAUAUUUCUGAACAUAGUUCAACUCUAAGAAUAAGAAAAAUUUCAAAAUCAGAUUACGGCGUCUAUACAAUGAACGCCUCUAAUAACAUAGGUCUUCAGUAUAUAAAGUCAUUCGAAGUGAUACCACUAGAUCCUCCAGAUCAACCAACAGAUAUUUUCGUGGUCUGUGAGGUAACAUCAAUGAUUGUGUCAUGGAGGUCAGGAUUCAAUGGAGGCUCUCAACAAAAAUUCAGAGUGGCUUGGCUGAAUAUAAGGACUCAAAAUACAAAACAUUCACCUAAGCUUAUGGAUUACGGCCAGGGACAGACUAUACAAUAUAUAAAUAAGUCUUUGGAACCAAGCACAUCGUACAACAUAUAUGUAGAAGCUACAAAUAAACAGGGAGUUGUCAAAUCAGGAAACACGUAUUGUACUACAGGAUCAAGUUUAAGUCAAUCGAACAAUACUAUUGCCAUAAGUGUUGGCGCGAGUAUUGGAUCAUCGAUGCUGAUUUUAAUUAUUGCAGUUCUUGUGGUUUUAUUUCUAAGAAGGAGGCCAUGCAAAAAAGAGGAAAACCCUCAAUUGUAUCAGUCGACAUAUCCGGAUAAGAGUCGACAAAAGACAAACAUCGAUCAACACACUUAUGAUGAACUCCAAACAAUAAAAAAAGGCUCCAAUCCAGAAUAUGAGCAAGUAAACAGGUAUAUGUAUACGUUCUGGUAA